AUGACAUCAGUUCUAUACCAGGAUCAACUGAAGCCAGUCCAUCUCAUUCUGUUCAAGGCUGGUGUUCAGACAAGAAACAAGAAGAAACUCACUGAAUUAGAAGCUGAUGAUGGAGAAGAAUACAGUCAUUUUACAAUGCUAUCCUCUAUUGAACCAAAGUCUUACUCUGAAGCACAAAAAAGUGAAGAUUGGGUGGUUGCUAUGAAAGAAAAACUUGAACAAAUUCACAAGAAUGACACUUGGACACUGGUUCCUAGACCUGUAGCUAAGAAUGUUAUUGGUUCCAAAUGGAUUUACAGAAACAAACUUGAUGAAAAAGGGUCAGUUAUCAAAAACAAGGCUAGAUUGGUGUGUAAAGGAUACUCUCAACAAGCUGGUAUUGACUAUGAUGAAACCUUUGCCCCACUUUUUCAGAUGCUGAUUGGGGUAGAUCCUUACCUGACAGAAAAAGUACAUCAGGCUGGUUCUCAACUUCUCUGGAUGCACACUACUUUUGCUGAUCUUGGUAUUCAUUUCUCAGGUCCUCCUAAACUCUAUUGUGAUAAUCAAAGUGCCAUUGCCAUAAGCAAGAAUCCCACACUUCACUGGAAGAGCAAACAUAUUGACAUCAAGUAUCACUUUCUUAGAGACAAAGUUCAAAAAGGCCUCAUUGACAUUACUUACUUACCAACUGAAAAUCAACUGGCAAAUAUCAUGACCAAACCUCUUCUCCCUCAACACUGUUCAACCCUCAGAGCUCUUCUCAGGCAUUGUGGUGUAUAUGUGUACUUUAGUGUGCAUAGGGACAAAACUGCUGAGGUGGCCUUCUAUGUUUGGCUCUUGCUCUUGGAAAUAUCUGCAUUGCACUGUGUCAAUGAUUGGCUUGAGGUGACAGGUGUAAUCUGUGGGUGUACGAAGUCAUUGUUAUCUCCGCCACAACUUGAGCUUAAGCCGCUCCCGGCCCAUCUCAAGUAUGUGUUCCUUGGUCCAAAGCAAACCCUUCCGGUCAUUAUUGCCUCGGACCUUCAAAAAGACCAAGAGACCAACCUUUUAGCGGUGCUCCAAGAGCAUAAAGAAGCUAUUGGUUGGACAGUGGCAGAUUUGAAAGGAAUUGACCCCUCCAUUUGUAUGCACCGCAUUCAUAUGGAGGAUGACGCAAAGCCUACUAGAGAGGUCCAGCGCCGGUUAAAUCCAAACAUGAAGGAAGUGGUCAUGAAAGAGGUGAUCAAAUUGCUAGAUGCGGGAAUCAUCUAUCCUAUCUCUGAUAGCAAGUGGGUGAGCCCCACACAAGUUGUCCCCAAGAAAUCCGGGCUCACUGUUGUUGAAAAUUCCGCGGGCGAGCUCGUGCCACAACGAACCACCACCGGGUGGCGUGUGUGCAUUGACUAUCGUAAACUCAACUCAUCAACUAGGAAGGAUCAUUUCCCACUCCCAUUUAUUGAUCAAAUCCUAGAAAGGUUAGCCGGACAAAGCUUCUAUUGUUUUCUUGAUGGUUAUUCCGGCUAUAACCAAGUGGCCAUCGCCCCCCAAGAUCAAGAGAAAACAACAUUCACAUGUCCCUUUGGUACUUUUGCCUAUCGACGCAUGCCUUUUGGUCUAUGCAAUGCACCGGCAACGUUCCAAAGGUGCAUGAUGUCCAUAUUCUCUGAUAUGGUUGAAAGGUUCUUGGAAGUUUUCAUGGAUGACUUUUCCGUAUUUGGCUCCUCCUUUGACUCGUGUCUCAAAAAUUUAUCUCUUCGGGGAAUCGAGGUAGACAAGGCAAAAGUUGAGUUAAUCUCUAAUCUUCCUCCUCCGAAUUCCGUCCGUCAAAUCCGAUCUUUUCUUGGCCAUGCCGGAUUCUAUCGUCGCUUCAUCAAAGAUUUUAGCAAAAUCUCACGGCCCUUGUGUAAUCUCUUAGCCAAGGAUGUUCCGUUCAAUUUUGAUGACGCUUGCAUGGAAGCUUUCAUCAAACUUCGCAUUCUCCUCUCCUCUGCCCCGAUCAUGAAACCCCCUAAUUGGUCUCUUCCCUUUGAGAUCAUGUGUGAUGCAUCCGAUUAUGCAUUAGGGGCGGUUUUGGGUCAACGUGUGGAUAAACUUCCGCAUGUCAUUUAUUAUGCUAGCAAAACUCUCUGCGAUGCCCAAUUGAACUACACCACCACUGAAAAAGAAUUGCUAGCUGUGGUGUACGCCUUGGAUAAAUUUCGCUCCUAUCUUCUUGGCUCCAAGGUCAUCGUCUUUUCAGAUCAUGCCGCUCUUAGGCAUUUGUUAGCGAAAAAAGAGACAAAACCCCGCUUAAUUCGAUGGAUCCUCUUACUUCAAGAGUUUGACAUUGACAUCCGGGACAAAAAAGGGACCGACAAUGUUGUCGCCGAUCAUCUCUCUCGCUUACUUAUUGAGAAAUCUUCAGAAUUUGCAGCCAUCCGUGAUUCCUUUCCGGAUGAGCAACUUCUUCAAGUUUCACAUUCUACUCUUCCGUGGUUUGCGGAUAUUGUCAAUUAUCUUGUGGUUGGCAAAAUUCCAGCUCAUUGGUCCAAACAAGAGAGGGACCGGUUUUUCUCCCAAGUCAAGCAUUUCUUUUGGGAAGAUCCGGAAUUAUUCAAGUAUUGCCCGGACCAAAUCAUCCGGCGAUGUAUUCCUGAAACCGAGGCGUGUGAACGAUGUCAAAAACUUGGAUCCAUGUCCCGAAGAGACAUGAUGCCCCUCACCAACAUUUUAAUUGUUGAAAUUUUUGAUGUGUGGGGGAUUGACUUCAUGGGACCAUUUCCAUCUUCUUAUGGCUAUGAGUACAUCCUUGUAGCGGUGGAUUAUGUGUCUAAAUGGGUUGAAGCCGCGGCUACCAAAACCGAUGAUCAUAAAGUCGUGAUCCAUUUCAUUCAAUCUCACAUCUUUAGUCGUUUUGGUACACCCCGAGCAAUCAUUAGUGAUGGCGGAUCUCAUUUCCGAAAUCGUUAUCUCAAAUCCAUCCUUGCUAAGUAUUCAGUCAUUCAUAAGGUUGCUACACCUUACCACCCUCAAACGAGUGGUCAAGUAGAGAUUUCUAACCGGGAG